AUGCUACGACCAUUCGCCCAACGACACCUCCUCCCCCGCGCCUCUUCCCUCGCCCGCCAGACACGAACACCAACCCGUCACCUACAAAGCUCGAGCAGAUGUCUGACAGAAGACAAGAGUGAUCCGGCAUUCUCGCCGCAGGAGACGAGGCCAGAGGAGCAGAACGAGCGCGCCGCAGAGGCGACGAAGAAAGACACCGGUAUCAACGCCACCGACAAUGUCACCCCUGCGAACCAGAAAACCAACAGGCCGAGAGAUCCGAUGGAGGGUGGAAGCCAGGGCUCGCAGCCUGAGGAGGGCGGCGGUGGGAUUCAGAGGUCAGGGCAGAGCGGUGGCGGGAGUCCGAAGAAGUCGGGUGGUGGGAAGUCGGGGUGA